CGUGUACAAAUCCUACUGAUCGUUCUUUCAACACUUCGUUCAUCUUCCUCCUCCGCCCUCGCUUCCCCGUUCCUCUUUCCUUCUUCCCCUUCGGAUUCAGCCGUUUCUUUGCAAAUUCCGAUGCAAUUUUUGCCAUGAAUUAGUUUCUCCAUCUUUGUUCAACCUUCAAUUUCAAUGGCAGACAGUACUUCGUCGCCUAGACCGGUUCAACCGAACCCGAUGGACCCUUCACCACCACCGCCGCAACAACAACCGCAAGUUCAACCUUCAACAACCGCUAUUCCUCAAAAUUCAUCAAAUCCGUCAAAUUCCUCUGUGAAUCCUCCCAUUCCAUCUCCUUCUGCACUUGUUCAAUCGCCUUCGAUUGACCAUUUACAUCCGCUAGCUCAAAUCUCUUCUCCUCCUCUUUCGCACAUCUCUCUUCCGCAAAAUCAACAGCAACAGCCACAGCAACAGUUGAGUCCUGCGGUUGGAUUGGAUUACCAGCAGAAGCCUAUACAGCAGCAGCAGCAGCAGCAACAACAACAACAGCAACAACAGCAGCAAUUGGUGCAACAACCUCAGAAUGCGAGUGCGAUGACGAAUUUCCAAAUCCAGCAAGCUUUACAGCGUUCUCCUUCUAUUUCUCGGUUGAACCAAAUGCAACCACAGCAGCAACAGCAGCAGCAACAGCAGUUUGGGAUGAUGAGACAACAAUCGGGGCUUUAUAGUCAGAUGAAUUUUGGUGGGGCUUCUACAAACCAGCAGCAACAACAACAGCAGCAACAGCCUAACCAACAACAGCAAAUGGGAACUGGGAAUCUGUCGCGGUCUACAUUAAUCGGUCAGGGUAACCAUUUGCCCAUGUUGUCUGGAGCGGCUCAGUAUAAUUUGCCGUCACAAUUACUGGCUUCGUCAAAGCAGAAGGCUGGAUUAGUUCAGGGUCCACAAUUUCAGUCAAGUAACUCUCAUGGGCAAGCUUUGCAAGGAAUUCAAGCAAUGGGGAUGAUGGGGUCAAUGAAUUUGCCCUCACAACUAAGAGCUAAUGGCCUUGCCUCGCCGUAUGCCCAACAGAGAAUAAACCAAGGUCAAAUAAGGCAGCAAUUAUCUCAACAAAGUUCACUCACCUCUCCACAGGUUCAGAACUUACCGAGAAUGUCAAAUCUUGCAUUUAUGAAUCAACAAUUGACCAAUUUGGCUCAGAAUGGGCAGCCAACCAUGAUGCAGAACUCUUUGCAACAGCAACAGUGGCUAAAGCAAAUGCCAUCGAUGUCUAAUCCUGGCUCACCUUCAUUUCGUCUGCAGAGGCAACAAGUCUUGUUACACCAGCAACUGGCUUCGUCUAAUCAAUUGCAUCAAAACUCCAUGUCGUUGAACCCUCAACAAUUUCCUCAGAUUGUACAGCAACAGUCAUCCAUGGGACAUCAACAGUUGCAUCAACAACAUCAACAGCAACAGCAGCAACCACAGUCACAACAACAACAACCACAACAACAGCUACAACAGCAGCCACUUCAUCAACAACAGCAGCUACUUCAACAAGCAUCACCACAGCAAUCUCUGCAACCAGUAUUGCAUCAGCAUCAGCAGCAUUCUCCUAGAAUAGCUGGACUUGCGGGCCAGAAAUCUCUCAGUUUGACUGGAUCACAUCCAGAUGCCACAGCAUCUGGCGCUAGUACACCGGGGGGAAGUUCAAGCCAAGGGACAGAGGCUGCAACUCAAGUCCUUGGGAAGAGAAAGAUACAAGAUCUGGUUUCACAGGUAGAUCCACAUGGAAAGCUGGAACCUGAAGUUGAAGACCUUCUCUUGGAGAUUGCCGAUGAUUUUAUCGAUUCGGUUACUACCUUUUCAUGCAAUUUGGCAAAACAUCGAAAAUCCUCAACUUUAGAAUCCAAAGAUUUAUUGCUACACUUAGAGAAGAAUUGGCAGUUGAACGUUCCUGGAUAUUCAAGUGAUGAGUGGAAGAAUCACAACAAAAAUUUAUCAUCAAGUGAUGUCCACAAGAAACGAUUGGACAUGAUACGCAUAUUGAAGGAAGCAUCCUGUGUGGAAACAAAUGUAAACAGCCCUAAAGAGAUGGUACGACAAGGGGUUGGAAUGUCCAUUGGUCCCAACACUCUAACAAGGCCUUCACCGAGUUCAGAACAACUAUUAUCACAAACGGCUGGUUCACAGUUGCUGCAGCAAAUGAUGAGGUUUUAGUGUAUUAACUACGUUUGAAACUAAUGCUUGGUAGAGAUCCCAACUACUUGGUGAAUAACCAACCCCAGUGUCAGUUCAGGGAUACAACAAAUAAAAUGAGAUUUAGAGGAUGCCAUAUCAGAGGGAGCCUGGACUGGACAUCUGUGUGGAGUGGAGUGUGAUGAUUUUUAGUGAUACGUCUUUCGGAAUCAAUUUUUUUAGGCUGUAUAAUAUGAAGAUGUAUUAUCUGGAACACGGGCGUAAUGUUAAUUGUACAAAAUAUUUGGCAGGUCAUAUUAGUAUAGGCCUUUUAAGUAUUGUUGUUGUCUACCAUGGACAUUUUCCAAUUUAUGAUUGAUAAUCUUUACAAUCUCGAGUCA